AUGCCUAUCGAAUUUGUUUGCAAAAUCAAAUUUGCAGAGGAGGAUGAGAAGCAGAAAAGCCAGCAGGAUGGGGACAAAGAGAGCCUGAUCGAAGAGAGCUGCUCCCCUCCGGCCAAAGACCUGGCCAGGUUCGCCAACUCGUGCUCCCUCCAUGGGAUUAACCACAUCUUUGUGUCGGGACGCCUGGGUAUCCGGCAGACUCUCUGGGCACUGGCCUUCCUCACUUCACUGGCUCUGUUUCUGUACCAGGCGGCCAAAUGUGCCAUCUCGUACCUGGAGCACCCACACGUGACUGCUCUGAACGAAGAGGCCACUCCGGAGAUGGUCUUUCCCGCCGUCACCAUCUGUAACAUCAACCGCUUUCGAUUUUCCGCUCUCACUGAUGCCGACAUCUACCAUCUGGCCAACCUGACGGGACUGCCCCCCAAAAACCGAGAUGGGCACAAACCCUCAGACCUGCAGUACCCCGCGCCUGACAUGCAGGACAUCUUCAACCGCACGGGACACCAGCUGGACGAGAUGCUCAUGAGCUGCAACUUCAGUGGACAGAACUGCUCCGUGGAUGACUUCACUGUGGUGUACACGCGAUAUGGAAAAUGCUACACUUUUAAUGGCAACAAGACCGCACUGAGGAAGACCAAGCAAGGCGGGAUGGGGAACGGUCUGGAGAUCAUGUUGGAUAUACAGCAAGACGAGUAUCUGCCCAUCUGGAGGGAAACCAAUGAGACUUCUCUGGAGGCCGGGAUCCGGGUGCAGAUCCAUAGUCAGGACGAGCCCCCGUAUAUCCACCAGCUGGGCUUUGGAGUCUCCCCAGGCUUCCAGACCUUUGUGUCCUGUCAGGAGCAGAGGCUGACCUAUCUGCCUCAGCCCUGGGGGAACUGCCGCUCCAGCAGCAAAGAGAAGUUCCCUGGAUACGACACGUACAGCAUCAGUGCCUGCCGCCUGCUGUGUGAGACCAAUGAGGUCAUCCGCGUCUGCAACUGCCGCAUGGUGCACAUGCCCGGAACAGCGGAUAUCUGCCCUCCCAGUAAAAUCGGCUGUGUGGACAAAGCGCUGGCCCAGUUACAGAAGACCAGUGGAGACACUUGUCCAUGUGAGACUCCCUGUAAUCUGACGCGUUACGGUAAAGAGCUCUCCAUGGUCAAGAUCCCCAGUAAGGGCUCUGCGAGGUACCUGUCCAGGAAGUACGACAAGACAGAGGACUACAUACGAGAUAACUUUCUGGUCCUGGAUAUCUUUUUUGAAGCAUUGAACUAUGAGACCAUUGAACAAAAGAAGGCAUACGAUGUUGCAGGAUUAUUAGGCGACAUUGGUGGACAGAUGGGCCUAUUCAUUGGAGCCAGCAUCUUGACAGUGUUAGAAAUACUGGAUUAUAUCUAUGAGGUGAUCAAGCAGAGGAUACAGAGGCUGCUCCGACCACAGAAGGAAGAGAAGAAGAGUCCGCAGAGAGCCACAGUCGCCACGGUGAAGCUAGAGGAAAUGAAAACAAAGGAACCCAAUGACACGCGGAGCCAUCCCGAAGGAGCAUAUGCCAACCAAAUUCUGCCUUUGAACCACCACCCUAUGCCCCACCCGCACGCCCAGCAACUACCCCACCCCCAACAACUGCCCCACCCAAAGGCAGUGUCACUCCCACCAGUGGUGCCGCACCAAAAGGCAGUAGCCCUUCCACAAGUAAUGUCCCAUCCAACACCUAUGUCCCAUUCACAAGUUGUACCCCACCCACAACCUUUGCCCCACCAACAGCCUCACCCCAUCCCACACGGCCAUCACUCUACAGGGCGACAUGGAGUGUUCGAGGACUUUGCCUGCUAGAACCACGAUAGACCAUCCUGGACCUGGGGACACCAAAAGAUACCCCAAAAAGAACUUUUCUAAUUAUCUUUUGCUGUUUCCAGUGUAAAGCUACAGCCAAAGUCAAACACCAAACUUGUGCUGCUAACAAAUCACUUAUGAAAUAAAUGUAGGCACAACUCUCUCCAAUCUGGAUGGGAACUCAAACAAGUGAGGCGAUUUUUGUGAUUUUUGGGCCAAUUUUGUUUUGGUACAUGAUCACGAUACAGGGACAAAAGGAGCACUGUGUGUCACCUUGCUCCAGACAAGGAAAAGUGUGGUUUAUUUAUUCAGAAUUUCAACAGUGACAAUAUAUUUUUGUCUCUAUCUGACUUACCUCCUUCUUCAAUACACUGUACCAUACCCAGCCAUAACACGUUGGAAAUUAUGUAAUUAUUUAAUGAUAUAAUAUUAUCACUUUCUAUUGUAAACUAGCUACAAAUACAGCUCGUGUUGCAUUCAUCCAGAGAAGGGGUAUUUCAAGCAAAAGUGAUUCUCAACUGGUGGGUUGGGGCUCAAUAGUGGACAUCAAAAAUAAAAAUACAUUUUUGAAUUCAUGUGCCAUAAAAGUUGCAUUAGAGUUAACAAUAUAUACAUAGGAAAUCUAGAAGGAAAAUAGAAAUCUUUGUCAAGGAGUUGUCCUAGUUUGCAAUGAUUAACAGUGCAGGAAUUAGUCAUACUCUGGUCCAUAAAUUUGAGCUUCUCAGACUAGUACCUUCAAAUAGAAAAUGGCUUCCAGACAGCAGGCCAAAACAUCUUGAGUUCCAAAACAUUGUCUAGAUAACUACCGGUACAUCUGAAGCUCUACCAUUUUGACCUAUGUUUGGCUCUAUCGUGCAAUGGUACAGAAUCAAGCACUGUAAUCCAAUACGCAUUUACAUUGUACACUGUGUUUUGUAUCUUUCACGACACAUCAAUUUGUGCUUCUUUAGGUAUUCCUUUUAUUUUGUGGAAACUGGUUUUACUAAACAGUAUGAUACAAAAUGGUGAAAAUGUCUGGUGAGUGGACGACAUGGUUCAGGAAACUGGCCAGCAAAGCCUGACUUAACCCUUGGCCAUAAUGCAAUAUAUAUGGCACAUUACAUUACUUAUCUUUCCAACAGACAAACAGAAUAAUAACACAAUAAUACAACCCCAAAAAAGUACGUUCUGGACAGAGUACAAUUCAAAUAAAUGAAAUUGAGCUCCAUCAUAAUCAGACCAGUUUGAGAAGCACUGUUUUAUUAACUAUAGUUGCAGAUCUGGCCUCAUCUAUUACACUAUGUCUGGUCCGUGAUUCAGGUGUUAGAGAGUAGCAUAGUACUUGUACAUAAAGUCUAAAAACCUCUGUUAAAAUGUUUGUUGUUUAUAUUCUGUUCGUAUAAUAAUGCCUAACUUAUGUAAUAUUACUUUUAAUAAAUUUUAGAAGAGGAUUUUUAUAUGACAAUAGCAAUCACGAUUGUAGCAAUUCCUAUUUACACACAGACUGCCAAUCAUCAACCUAAUAUCUGCACCACUGACAAUAAUGGACAUGUAUGUGCUAUGUUUUCUAUGUAAUUCAUUUAACAUACAAUUUCCAUGUUUAUUUAAGCAAUGGUACAUCAGUGGAGCUCCGUAUUUUCUAGUUAUUUAAAAUGCUGUUGGGUCAUACUUAAUGCUGACAUAAGCAAUAACAAACUUUGAUUUAUAUUUUGCUAACUCAUCUCUCCAGCUUAGAGCCAGCAGUGGAGUUUCGUACACACAUCCUAUUUUGAGUUUCUUCUGUGGACGGAUUGCAGCAGUCCCCAAGAGGUAAUGUAAACAAAUCUAGAAGUCAAGAGGGGAGCUGCUCAUGCUCAGAACUCUACAAGAUUAAAUUUGUCUCUUAGAUAUAACAUGGAAAUACUUGUAAUACAUUUGAAUGUUCAUUUUCAUUUAUAUGUUGAACAUGACAUUUAUAAAACAUGUGCCAUAG